AUGGAGAAGCAGGGGUCUUCUGAGAGUAAGACAGAUCACUGGAUGCCCAGGAGAGAAGAUGGAGUCAGGGAGACUGACUCCAAGGUCCUGCAAGGCCCGAAACAGGCCUGUAUUGAGAAGCCACAGGUCUGGAGAGCAUGGCCUUACCCUGAGCCUUUGUGCCUAAUGACUGUCACCCCUAGCCUCCAUAUUCCACUCUGCCUCCUUAGUCUUCCAAUUCCCAGGCCUGGAGCCCCACUUCUUAGCCCGCUCUGGCAGUCUCCCUCUCCCACUCAUGCUGGGGUUUGCAAGCCAGGUCCUGGUGAGGGUGUGGCUGGUGGAUGCUGGCAGAGGGGGCACAAUCAACUGGAGAACACUUAA